UCUCCAUCUCUGCAAAAAUCACAAAGCAACACACACACACACAGAUACAUACAUACAUACAUACAUAGACACAAACACAUACAUUCUAACAUAUCUAUAAUCUGAAAGAAGAUGAGUUCCAGUGAAGUGAAGCCGUUCAAGAAGAAAGAAGGGAGUGUGAUCCCGAAGGAGAGAGAGCUGGUGAAGACUAAAGCCGUCAAAGCCAUUUACUCUUUGUUCCGUCCCUCAUGCGAUGGUAAUCAGAGUUCGGAGCCAUCCCGUGACGGCGACGACAAGCGCGUGUACCCCACUCGCCCCUGACCGGUCGUUUUCAUGGUGGUUUUGAAGAUACGAAUUUGGGUGUCAUGAUUAUAUAUAAAUGGGUUCUUCUCCUUCCUCACGAAGAAAGAAGUCUAUGUUUAUUUUUUUCUGUCUUCGAUGGAUUAAUAAUAUCUACGAUCAUCUUUGCUAUGUAAACAAGUAGUACUAUAUUUGAUCAUGAGGUGAUUGUGAUUAAUUAUGGUACUACACUACUACUGGACAUUUUAAACAUACUCUGUUUUUGUUUUACCUUUUCAUUUUAAAAGAGUGCAUGCUUUGUGUUUAUUGUGAUUAUCAUGUGAUGUAGUUUCCAAUAUAAAAUAUGCAAACGUGGUGUCUCGAAA